GUGACCUUCAUGUUUCAAUUUUUGUAAUUUUCUUAAAAUACGUUAAAUCAAGUGAGUUUCGUAUUUUUAAAAUUUCUUAUACGAAAUGAAAAAAUAAUUUUACUUAAGUUUAGAAUGAAAAACUUUAUUUUGAAAAACUAUGUAUUGUAUAUUUUUAUAAUUAUUCAAGUGGAUUAGAUGAAAUUCGGGUUGAGUCGGUCGGGUUACGGGUUAGUCGGGUUCAGGUCAAUCGGGUUCAGGUUAAUCGGGUUGCGGGUCAGUUGGGUUGCGGGUCAAUCGGGUUCGGGUUAAUCGGGUUGCGGGUUAGUCGGGUUGCGGGUUAGUUGGGUUGCGAGUCAAUCGGGUUGCGGAUCGGGCGGGUUACGGGUUGUUGACUUUUAGUCAAUUCGGGUUGCGGUCGGGUUGCGGGUCGGGUUGAUCGGGCGGGUUAAUCGGGUCGGGCUAUGUUUUGACACCUAUAAUUCUGGGUAGACCAUUUCUUUCCACCGCCAAGGCACUAAUUGAUGUGCAUUGUGGUAAACUGAUCUUGCAUGCUGGGAAUGAACAGGCUACUUUUUUUGUGGCUGACCUUGAUCAUUGUGAUAUGCCUGCUAUCACACCUAUGCAUGCCAUUUCUCACCAGGUACACGAUCCUGUCGUGUACCCCUCUGUGCAUCUCUUGUUGCAGUAUUCCCCUCUCACGCCUUCGCUAUCACCCCAUUCAACCUCACCUGCAAAUAAAAAGCUCAAAGAGGAGUGGCGGCCGAAGCCGCAGGUGGCUAAGCCUGCACGGAAGAAAGGUGGAGACCACUAUGAGCUGGUUCCACCUCAUGCACCACGACCACCCUGGCAAUCCGAGUACUCACUCGCCUGCAUCUUGCCGGAUGGCCAGGUCGAGCUGACCAAUGCUGGUGGUCGCACCCGUCGAGUGCAUGGCCACAAUUUGAAGUUGUACCUCAAGAGCGAUGUGGAUCCGCUCUUGGAGGCACCUGUUCCUGCACCCCGCUGAGUAUCCACAAUGGGCGUCUAGCUAAAAGACGGUAAAGAAGCGCUUGUGGGAAGGCAACCCCACCACGGUUUUCAUUUAUUUCUUUUGUUUUGAGUCGGAUUGUAAACUGGUUUGGUUUUGGUUUGUUUUCUUUUGUUUUGGAUGAUGCAUUAUUGGGCUGACCAUUGGACCUAACAUAUUGUGUUUGAGUUCUUCUGUUCCCUUUAGCUCUGCUUUGUCCCUGACUGAUCCCCUCUCCAGUCCUCUUCGCUCAGACUGGUCCACUUCCAGUCUCAUGUAGUCUGUGCACACCGGUAACAUCGUUCCCCUUAUCUUUCCCUCUUCUCCAUUGAGGGCAAUGUCGAUCUUAAGUGUGGGGGGGAUGUUUCUCUUUUGACUACAUUAGAUCUGUUUGUGUGCUUGGAGCCUAGUCCAUUGUCCAAAUUUUUAAAUUUGAGGGCUCCAAGUACGUGUUUCCUUGCAAAUUGCAUGCUCAGUAUGCUUUGAAUUGACAGUCUCUAUAGUAAUGUGCAACCUAGGUAGGUAGUGUAGCACUAUGGAGGAUGUUGAAGUAUAAGAUUUUUCCUAUCUAGCUCUCUGCUGUGCCAGUUGAUUUUGUGAAUUAGUGGAGCUAGGACCGUUGAAUUCAUGUGGUAAUGGUGACUCUAUGUGGAUUGUGUUAUGGACUCGUGUAUCGAACAGGGUGUUCAUGUGGAAAAUGAAAAAUGCAGUUGGUCCUCCAUGUCAAAAUCAUCAAAAUCUUAAACAUGGGGUAAGCCCAACGUGUGCGGCACCGUUCAUUGCACCAAAUCGGGUUUUGGAAGAGAUUUUAGUGAUCCUUAGUGGGGUACUACAAGGUGAAGCUAAGCUGUCUCUAGUACAAGUAAAACUUCCACCCGUUGAACGGUUUGGCUACUUGAGGAUGUGUUUUUAAGGGCACGGAUAGAGCUUCCGACCUCCCUUAAUUUCAUUGACCCUCUACCCGAGUUAAGGAAAAGGAGUUAAAAGAAGUACUCUGGCGAGCGCCAGAUGUACAGAAAUUGCUCUUAAUCGACUAAUAAGGGUCGACCGUGUAAGAGACUGCAGUUGGAACCCCCGCCAAGUGAAUGAAAAAGAAAAAAAAAGUAAAAUGAAAGUGAAAAAUGGGUUCCAACGGUAAAAUGAAGUGAAAAGAGCACCCCGGUACAACGAUUCCUUGGUUGAGAAUGACAUGAGUCCCUUUAUCCAUGAACUGACUGUCUUACUUCUACUUCUUCUCAUGAUCCUAAACCAAAACACGGCCGUGUACACACACAGGCACGCCAGUGUUUUUAUUGCCGAGAGUUGAACUGAUGGAAAAGCAAAACACAGGCUGGCCUAAAGCAAAACACAGCCGUGUCCAUAUUUAGGCACGACCAUAUUUUGGCCGACGCGGGCGUGUUUUUAACACGGGGCAAAACACGGGCAAGCAAAAUCAAAGCACGGCCGUGCCCUCGACCGUGUUUUGCCCAGGGUUGGCCUUUUAGGCAAAUUUGAGCCAAAGGAGAAGGAGUUCCGAUUUUUAGAGAGACAUAGUGAUUCCUAGAGAGAGAAAGUGACGAACUAGAGUUCCCAAGUGCCCUAGCUUGAUCUUCAUCACCAUUGGAGCCCGGCUUGAGCUUGGAGAAGAUCCGAUUGAGCGCCAGAAGCAGAUUAUCAUCUUUCACAGUAUGGUUUCCGCAUCUGAGCUAGAUUUUCCAUCUCUCUCCAUGGAGUAGUUUUCCCAUUCAUCUGGGUAUGGAGAACCCUAGAUUUGUAUGUUAGGUCUGAUUGUAUGAACCCAAGUACAGAUUUCAUGAUUUGAUUAUGUUCAAUUGAGACUUGAAUGAUUGAAUGACUUGAAUCCUGAUCAAAUUCCUAUUAUUUCUGCUUUAACCUAGAAAGAGAAUAUUUGUCUAGGUUAAUAGAGCACCCUUAAUUGA